AUGAUUUGCGGUGGGGAUUCUGUCUUCGGGAUACGGCUCCCUUUAUCGGUUUUUUGGCGGUGUUAUGAAGAAGAUUUCGGAGUGUUAUACGGAGAUUUGAUCCGAUCUACGGAAUAUUAUGAGGUUAUUCGGAGAUCUCAUGAGUUUGAGAGAUCUGAGAUUUUGGAGGAACAGGAUCCGAGCCAAAGGGCGAGAUCGAUUAUCUCUGAUUCGAGUCGAGAGGAGAAUUUGGAUGGUGAAUCGAAUCUCCACAGAUCGGAUUCGACAGAGAGAGGGUGGAGAUUUCACGAGAGUUAUUUUGGGGAAGAAGAAGUGAUUGGAACAACGCAAAGGGAAGUCCGGUUUAAUUAUCUCCCCAAGAUUUGGAAACUACAUCGGCGAGAUGACGCGAUGCGAUAUCCGGCGAUUCUAUUACAGAGUUCAUUACGGGUUUUACGAUGGCGCAAGGAAACCUUAUCGGUGGUGAAGAAACCAGUGCCUCGUCUCAAGAUUACGGUUCCGCGUUUUGACAACACGGCUUUGAUCAGAGGUUAUUCUCGUACUCUGAUUGGACGCUGCAUGAAUCCAGCGGCUCAGGAUGUGCAAGCACUGCUACAUCACAUGCCCCGCUUCUGGAAGAUGGAAGACAGAAUCGCAGGCGCAGAGCUGGGAUUGGGGCGGUUCCAAUUCGACUUUGACAAUGAGGAGGAUAUCAUUGAGGUGUUUAAGCUAGAGCCAUUCCACUUUGACUACUGGAUGGUCUCAUUGGUGAGGUGGGAACCGGUGGUGGACCCAUCAUAUCCAUCUGCAAUCAAGUUCUGGGUGAGGAUGAUGGGGAUUCCGCUUCAUUUUUGGGCGGAACCCACGUUUCGGAGUAUUGGUGAAGCUCUCGGUGAAGUGCUAGAGGUGGAUAUCGAUGGUGGGAGGGUGAAAGUGUGUCUUGACGGGUACAAACCUCUCACGUUUGAGACAACGGUGGAGUUCCACAGCGGUGAGGAGACUCUGGUGGCCCUUAGGUACGAGCGGCUCUUUGGUUACUGCCGAGAGUGCUUCAGCCUCUGUCAUGAUGUCAGCCAGUGCCCGACGCUUCGGAGAGCUAGAGAAGAACGGGAGACUCAGAGGAGAAGAGAUGAGAAGCCAGACGGUGGUGCUAUGAGCUAUAAGGGAGUGGUGAUUAAUGGCUCAGGUGGGGAAAAUGGGAAUGUGAGAAAGUCACAGCCCAAUGGCGGAGAUACGAAGGGAAAGGGGAAGGUGGAGGAGGUCCGGGAAGAACACAUUCCGAGGAAAUGGAAAGCAUGGUGGGGAGAGCUCAGGCUCACAGCGGAAACCGGUGGGAUACAUCCCUCCGGAACAGCGCAAGCGGAUCAAUAG